GGGGCGACCGGGCCGGGGCCGCUGCACGCCGAGGGCGGAGGCCGAACCGCGCCCCCGUCGCGUCCCGGUGGCUCACCGCGCCCACCCUGCUUCGCGCCGAGGGCUGGAGGAUGAGUUCCCCGGGGUCCGGAUUUAUGAAAAUAUGCAUCAGUUUAAUACUGUCUUGGAAUUCAUGAGAUGGAAGCAUAGGUCAAAGCUGUUUGGAGAAAAUUGGAAGUCCAGUUUUAUCUAGCCACAUCUCUGAGGAACCAGGAGAGACAAGUGGAAGUUGAAGUCAUUGUCAAGUGAUUGAGACCUUUUACAAGAAAAUCUCAUUGAAUAAAAGUCAUUUUUAAAUUAAUGAUAUAACAAGACCAGUUAUUUAAGGUGACAGUGUACAGGAAACAUUAGAAUCGAACAAUGACUCAGCUAUAUAUUUAUAUCAGAUUAUUGGGAGCCUAUCUGUUCAUCAUUUCUCGUGUUCAAGGGCAGAAUCUAGACAGUAUGCUCCAUGGUACUGGGAUGAAAUCAGACUCCGAUCAGAAAAAGUCAGAAAAUGGAGUAACCUUAGCACCAGAGGAUACCUUGCCUUUUUUAAAGUGCUAUUGCUCAGGACACUGCCCGGAUGAUGCUAUUAAUAACACAUGCAUAACUAAUGGGCAUUGCUUUGCCAUCAUAGAAGAAGAUGACCAGGGAGAAACCACAUUAGCUUCAGGGUGUAUGAAAUAUGAAGGAUCAGAUUUUCAGUGUAAGGAUUCACCAAAAGCCCAGCUACGCCGGACAAUAGAAUGCUGUCGGACCAAUUUAUGUAACCAGUAUUUACAGCCUACACUGCCCCCUGUUGUUAUAGGUCCAUUUUUCGAUGGUAGCAUUCGAUGGCUGGUUGUGCUCAUUUCAAUGGCUAUCUGCAUAAUUGCUAUGAUCAUCUUCUCCAGCUGCUUUUGUUACAAACAUUAUUGUAAGAGCAUCUCAAGCAGAAGUCGUUAUAAUCGUGAUUUGGAGCAGGAUGAAGCGUUUAUUCCAGUUGGAGAAUCAUUAAAAGACCUUAUUGACCAGUCACAAAGUUCUGGUAGUGGAUCUGGACUACCUUUAUUGGUUCAGCGAACUAUUGCCAAACAGAUUCAGAUGGUUCGGCAAGUUGGUAAAGGCCGAUACGGAGAAGUGUGGAUGGGUAAAUGGCGUGGUGAAAAAGUAGCAGUCAAAGUGUUUUUUACCACUGAAGAAGCUAGCUGGUUUCGAGAAACAGAAAUCUAUCAAACUGUGCUAAUGCGCCAUGAAAAUAUACUUGGUUUUAUAGCAGCAGACAUUAAAGGUACAGGUUCCUGGACUCAGCUCUAUUUGAUUACUGACUACCAUGAAAAUGGAUCUCUCUAUGAUUUCCUGAAGUGUGCUACAUUAGACACCAGAGCUCUCCUCAAGUUGGCUUAUUCAGCUGCUUGUGGUCUGUGCCAUCUCCACACAGAAAUUUAUGGCACCCAAGGAAAGCCUGCAAUUGCUCACCGAGACCUAAAGAGCAAAAACAUUCUCAUCAAGAAAAAUGGAAGUUGUUGCAUUGCUGACUUGGGCCUUGCUGUUAAAUUCAACAGCGAUACAAAUGAAGUCGAUGUACCCUUGAAUACCAGGGUGGGUACCAAACGCUACAUGGCUCCAGAAGUGCUAGAUGAAAGCCUGAAUAAAAACCAUUUCCAGCCCUACAUAAUGGCGGACAUCUAUAGCUUUGGCCUAAUAAUUUGGGAAAUGGCUCGUCGUUGUAUCACAGGAGGGAUAGUAGAAGAAUACCAGUUGCCAUAUUACAACAUGGUACCCAGUGAUCCAUCAUAUGAAGACAUGCGUGAGGUUGUGUGUGUCAAACGUUUGCGGCCAAUUGUGUCUAAUCGAUGGAACAGUGAUGAAUGUCUACGAGCAGUUUUGAAGCUAAUGUCAGAGUGCUGGGCCCACAAUCCAGCUUCUAGACUUACAGCUCUGAGAAUCAAGAAGACACUUGCUAAGAUGGUUGAAUCCCAAGAUGUAAAGAUUUGACAGUUAAGCAAUCAUGAGAAGAAAUUCUAGACUGACAGAACUGUUUUCACCUAAGGAACGGGUGGAAUUAGAGUAGAAUAAGGAUGUUAACUUGGUUCUCAGACUCUUUCCUCACUACACCUUCACAGGCUGCUAAUAUUAAACCUUUCAGUACUCCGUAGAAUAUAAGCUGGGAACUUCUGAACACUUAAUUCUUCAUAUAUGGACAGCUUUAUUUUAAAUGUGGUUUUUGAUGCCUUUUUUUUUUUAUUGGGUUUUUAUGAACUGCAUCAAGACUUCAAUCCUAAUUAAUAAGUCUCCAGUCAAACUCUGGGUACUGAAUUACCUGUUCAUAAAAUGGUGCUUUCUGUGAAAGCCUUAAGAAGAUAAAUGAAUUCAGCAGAGAUGGAGAAAUAUACAUUUGCCUUCUACCUGAAAAAUUUAAUCUAUUUGUAUUCUACCUUUGUAAACAGCCUAUGGGUUAUGAUUUGUUUGGGAUACUGCUUAGUUUAUGAUAGUUUGUCAUGCUUUGAUAAUGGUGUGUGUACACACACAUGCACACCAGGAUUUCUCUGUUGCUAUUUGAAUUAGAAGAAAAUAAUUUAUGAAUGCACAGGAACAUAUUAGUGGUAGUUGAUUUUGUGCUUUAAAAAUGCAUGAUCUGACCAAGAUUUGCCAAUCACAUAAAAGCCAUUUACCUUGCAGGUGAGCUAGCUUCUCCACCAACUUUAUUUUUAACAUAAAAGUUGAUAAAAGGCCAAAAGAAGUUGAAAGUGCCCGUAAAUUUGAACUGUUUUUCUCUUAUCACCAUCUUUUUUUGUUUUUGGUAAUUAUUAUUUUUGUCCUAAAAAGCAUCCUAUCCAAAGUUGGAACUCCCAAUGCCAUGAACCUUGUAAAGAAAACACUUCUUAUUGAAGUGAAUUACUAAUUACUACAUUCGAUAGCAAUGUUAAGUGCCUAUAACCACAUUCUGUAUUCUUUAUUCUCAGUAACUUUUAAAAGGGAAGUUAUUUAUAUUUUGUGUGUAAUAUGCUUUAUUUGCAAAACACCUGCUCCUUUUACAAUCAUAUUUUAUAUAUGUACAUACAUUCAUACUGUAGAAACCAGCUCACAUGUACCUCACAUCCCAUCAUUAAGGGGAAAAAAAUAAAAGAUUAGAAGAAAAUAUUACAAAGUAGAACUACAUAUGAAUUUUCAGAACUAAUACAUUCAAAGUAGUGAAUCAAACCUAGGACUUUGUUAACUUCAGGCAUAGACUUUCAUUAAGAUACUAUCAUCUCAAUUUUCCUUUAUGAAAGAAUCCUCUAAAUAGAAGUUUCUAUUUCAGAGCUGAUAUAUGUUUAUCAGCAACUGUUUUAGACACUUAAAUCAUUUGAGGUUUUUGAUUUUAUGAUUUCUGUUCCAUAACUUGGGAGGACAAUGAAGGGUCAGGCACAAAAGUUAAGUAUCUAGUCAGUACUUACUGUCUAUACCAUAUAGCUGUUAUUCAAGAAAAUGCUACAUAUUUUAUGAAUGCCUUGUUAUCCCAAGGAAUAAUUUUAAUUUACUUAAACUUUUUAUACUUCUGUAAUGCCUUUUAAAUAUUAAUAUCUUAUUCUGAACAAACUACUCAUGGGUGCAUAAAGUGAGACAGUGUUCUUUGAAUAUAACAUAAAUGUGAUUUUUCACAACAUGGUCAAAAUACUUUAAAGGGAAGGAAUCAGAGCAUGUAUUCAUUCAUUACCAAAAUUUAACUAGCACUUAAGGCUGAAACUUGUAUAUCUGUCUGUACAUCAAACUUCACACAUUUGAAACUUGCUUUAACAAUUUUGGCUAAGUUUAAUAAUUUUCACCUAACAACUCAAGUUAGAAAUGUUCAUCAAGGUAAGUAAAUUGACAUUUGAUAGUACCCAAUAACUUGCUUUUUCUAAAUGUUUUCCCCAUGUCUAUACUGAAAUUUAUAGAUAUUUUUAUCUAAAUUGCCAUGUGAUUUAAGAACACUUAUGAGUUCAAAUCUCUUUAGUCUAAGAUUAACCUUGAUUUAUUUUUUAUUUGAUAAACUACAAAUCUUGAAAAUCACUUGUUAUGUUAAUAAUAAAAUAUGUAAGGAAAGGCAAGCUCUAGUCUUAGAAAUGUUAAAAUAGUAUGUGGAAGCAAAACAUUGCAAAUAGUAUAUAAGUACAAGACAACUGUAAUGAUUCUUUUAAAUUAAAUUGAUCCGUUAAACAUGAUAUCAAGAAUUAAUGUUAGAGACUUGUUCAGUAAAAAUAUUUUCUAGUAUAACCUGUUUUUAAAAAGCAAACGAUGCUUUUUAAGAUUUCAAAAUAUUUGAAAUCUUAAAGUCUAAAAAAAGUUGCAUGAUAUUUAUUUUCUUCCUCCAUCUUACUCUUAAAUUUCUGAGUUCACUCAAUAAGUGAAAUAUUUAAAGAGGAAGAGGAAGGAAGUAUUACAUAGUACUAUAGUUAAUAGUCAUAAAACCCUAAAAGCCAUUAUUUGGUAUCACAAUUUAGCAUUUUAAAAAAUGUAUGGCUUCUGUCUGUCAUUCCUUUAAAUAAUUAAAACAUAAAAUCAAAAAACUCAGAGCUACCUGGAUAUAACAAAAGUUAACCCUCAAAGAGAAUUUUUCUUAUGAAUUCUUUUUAUACUAGUAAAUAUCUCUAGAAUUAAAGGCACAUUAGAAUUGGCUUCAAUGUAUUCUGAGCUUUCCUUGUGCCUUUUUAUUGAACAAGUUUCCAAAGCAUAAAAUUUGAAUCUUAUUUCUCUGGAAAUAUUUUCACAAAAGCUAUUCCAAUCAAUAUAUCAUGUUGCCUUUUCAAUGUCUAGAAGUAUUUCUAAACUUAGAAAGUGACCUAUAGUUUUUGAAAAUCGUUUUUCUACAAUGUGCCAGAUUUAUUAUUUAUUCACUCAGAAAUAUAGUGCCUUUCUCCCCCAGAUUUUUUGUUUCUGUUUAAAACAAAAAUACAAUACAGUUUUAAAGAAUCAUGAAUCUCUAAGUUAGCCCAAAGUCACAUUUGAUAUUGAUGAAUAAUUUAUUCCAGAGAAGAUUUUAUGAAUUAAAUCACUUAUAUUUCUUUUCGUACAUGUUGUUUUGAAAUGUUUCUAAAUAUCUAAAAUAAUUUCAACAACAGAAAUACUGAUUUUUAAAAGGAUUAUCGCACCUCUUGUACCAUUCAAAAGUAUGGUAAUGUUAUUUGCUUAGGUCAGAUGUUAAAAUAGCAGUGUAGCAGUUCUUGCCUCCGUACUGUUAUGAGUGUCACAGUGAAAAUUGCAGACAGCUGACAUAUUCAUAAAAACCAAAAUAAAUCUAGAGCAGCAUCAAAUGGAGCCACAUGUAAUGAUCAUCCCACAAGGAAAGUAUGUGAAUACUGCUUUUGAAAAGGAUUAAAUAUAUUGUAAUUUUAGCUUGUGCUUUGUACUAUGCUUUCAGUGGAAUUAUUUAAGCUCUUCUAAUGACUGUUGUCCUUGCCCAUUUAAAAACUAAAAUAUAGUAUAUAUUGUAUAAAAUGAAAAUAUCAUUAUAGCUUAAUUAGAGAAGUUGUACAGAGACCUUGAAAGAAGGGUUAAAAAAACAAGCAGUUUCAUUAUGCAGUUGUAAAACACCAAAAAUACAGAUUCAUCUUUGGUAUGUAACACACUAAAUGUAUUUUAUACAGCAUCUAGCUUAAAAGGUGCCUUAUUAAGUUUACCAUUAACUGCUUUGUUCUAUGUAUAAAUUACGUCUAAUGUAUCAUUUUUAAGUAAAUAACCUUAUUUUAGUAUA